UCCUUUUUCUGUAUCAUCCACCACAUUUCGAUCAUCGAAAUCGAUCUGAUUAUUAUUAUUAUAUGUAUAUCACAGCAUGAGUGUGGAUCUAGCUUCCAACACCCAUGGCAAUCUCGACGAACAAAUCUCACAGCUCAUGGAGUGCAAACCCUUAACCGAACCAGAGGUUAAGACAUUAUGUGAGAAAGCAAAAGAGAUACUUAUGGGCGAAAGCAAUGUUCAGCCAGUAAAAAGCCCCGUGACAAUAUGUGGUGACAUUCACGGGCAGUUUCAUGAUCUUGCUGAACUUUUCCGUAUAGGCGGGAAGUGCCCAGAUACUAACUACUUGUUCAUGGGGGAUUACGUGGAUCGAGGAUAUUAUUCUGUCGAAACCGUCACGCUCUUGGUGGCUCUGAAAGUAAGGUAUCCUCAGCGAAUUACAAUUCUAAGAGGCAAUCAUGAAAGUCGUCAGAUCACUCAAGUCUAUGGGUUUUAUGAUGAAUGCCUUCGAAAGUACGGCAAUGCUAAUGUUUGGAAGACUUUUACAGAUCUCUUUGACUAUUUUCCGUUGACUGCAUUGGUUGAGUCAGAAAUAUUUUGCCUUCAUGGUGGGUUGUCACCGUCAAUCGAAACUCUUGACAGCAUAAGAAACUUUGACCGUGUGCAAGAGGUCCCGCACGAGGGUCCAAUGUGUGAUCUUCUAUGGUCUGACCCAGAUGACCGUUGCGGUUGGGGGAUUUCGCCACGUGGGGCCGGAUACACCUUUGGACAGGAUAUUUCUGAGCAAUUUAAUCAUACCAACAACCUGAAGCUUAUUGCUAGAGCUCAUCAACUGGUCAUGGAAGGAUUCAACUGGGGACAUGAACAAAAAGUUGUGACUAUCUUUAGCGCACCGAAUUAUUGCUAUCGAUGUGGAAACAUGGCUUCUAUCUUGGAAGUUGAUGAUUGCAAGGGCCACACAUUUAUCCAGUUUGAUCCUGCUCCUAGGAGAGGAGAACCGGAUGUAACCAGACGAACGCCGGAUUAUUUUCUCUGAAUGAUUCAUGGUCAUCUGUCAAGAUUCGGGCUUGUGAUACAACUGUAUGGGCCAAAAUUCAUGAGGUGAAGUGCAAGAAAAGGAGGACCAAAUGGUUUGUAUGUUUCAUUUGUUGAAGUAAUGGGCUUUUUAUGUAUCUGCAAAGGGAAUGAAUGAUUUAGAAGGAGUUUUUGACUAGUUUAAACUAAAUUUAACAUUUGUAUUAAGCCAUUUCCCUCUUUGAUUUGGUUUAUGUGUUUAGUUUGUUUUUAUAUA